GAGGAGGACGAGGAGGACGGGGCGGACGUGCGGACGGCGGGCAGCGGCGCCGAGGGGCGGUCCCCGGCGGGCAGCGGCGCGCGCGGCAUGGCCGUGCUGCGGCGCUUCCUCGAGACCAAGGGCACCGACUUCAGCAACGAGCCCGAGUUCCUGCCCUACUACGCGCUGCCCUUCGCGCGGUGGCCAGCGCGUCUGCGCGCGCAGCUGCGCGGCUUCCUGCACGAGCACUGCUGGGGCCCAUCGGUGGCGCCCGAGCUGCUGCGCCUGCUGCUGGUGUCGGGCGGCGGCGAGGGCGGCUCCGAGGGCGGCGGC